GGCAAACUUCACACUCAACAAACCAAACCGCGCUCUAGCAACAUACUGAAUGAAGUCUGCUACUCAAGUGGAGGGAAGACUUCCUGACAAUUCAACAUGUCAGCCAAAGGCACAUUGAGGCGCAAUAAAACGGACAUUCAGAAGCAUUUGUGUGGAGAUUUCAGGCUAAUCCUCAACAAAGUUGUGGAGAAAAACCUAAUAACUGAACGGGAGUACAACAACCUGAAAAGCAUCAACAAAGAAGAUGUAGAGGGACACGUGGUUGAGCUUGUGGAUAAGAUCAUGAAUAAAGGAGAGAAAUGCUGCCAGGGUUUCCUGAACCUCCUGCAAACUGACAAGGAUGUUGAGACAACUUACCCUGAGCUGAAGGACUUACAACUGAAUGACACCUGCCUUUUACCUAAACCCACCAAGGCUUGUUCAGCAGACAACGAUGAUGUUGAGAGCAAGAGGCAAAAUAAGGAGGAACAGUACCAGUUGAAUAGCCAGCCUGUCGGCCUCUGCUUGAUCAUAAACAAUGAGAAUUUCACAGAUGGCACAAAGAGAAGUGGAACCAACAAAGAUGCUGAAAGUUUGGCAGAGGUGUUCAGCUGGCUGGGGUUCAGAGUGCUGAUGUGUACAGACCAAACCCAGGACCAGAUGGAUCAGGUACUGAAGUACCUUGCUUCUCCAAGGGACCACUCCCAGCUGGAGGAAUUCAAUUUUAAGGAGUGGUUUGGCACCGGAUUCAUUGAUCUUCAGAGGGCUCCUAUACAUGGAGAUGCCUUCGUCUGCUGUAUUCUGAGCCACGGAAAACAGGGUGUAGUCUUAGGGAUUGAUCGGAAGCCCCUCUCCAUUAAACAAAUAACUAGAACUUUCAAGGCGACUGACAAGUCAGCCCUCACCGGCAAGCCUAAACUAUUCUUGAUCCAGGCCUGCCAGGGCAAGCAGAUACAGCAUGGAGUGUUAUUAAAAGAUCUGGAGGAUGAUGAUUCUCCUUCACCUUUCAUCCCUGAAGAGGCUGAUGUUCUGGUUGCUAUUGCCACUGUUGAAGAUUAUGCAGCAAUUAGACACAAAAUCGAUGGAAGCUGGUUCAUCCAGUCUGUGUGUCAGCAGCUAAAGGAAGGCUGUCAGAGGCAUGAAGACAUCACCACCAUCCUCCAACGUGUGAACGAUGAAGUCAGCCAGAAAGAGGCCAGCAGCAAACCUGGUGCAAAAAAGCAGAUGCCUGAAGUCAGGUUUACCCUGAGGAAGAGGCUUGUGUUGUCACCUUAGCUCACCAGAAGCUAAAUGUCCAGAUAUCAUGCAAUACAGUAUACUGAAUGUCUUAAUUAAGGAUUUAUAAUUAACUCGAGGGACAGUUUUUCUUAAAUGUAUUUUUAUCUUUCUAAAUCUUUAUUUUUUUUAUGAUCUUUGCCUUUUAUAUUGUAUCACAUCCUUGAAUCAGAGAAUAAAGUUCACAAC